GUCAAAAUGGUUGAGGCAUUUCUAGGAACGUGGAAAAUGACCGCUAGUGAAAAUUUCGAUGACUACAUGAGGGCUUUGGGUGUGGGUUUUGCCACUCGGCAGAUGGGCAAUAUGGCUAAACCAAGCCUGGUGAUCAGCGUGGACGACCAGGGAGUGAUCUCUAUGAAAUCGCAAAGCACGUUCAAAACCACCGAAAUCAAAUUCAAACUGAACGAGGAAUUCGAUGAAACCACGGCGGACGACAGAAAAACCAAGACCGUGAUUACCGUGGAAAACGGCAAGCUUAUCCAAAAACAGAGAUGGGAUGGUAAAAGCACAACACUAGAGAGGAGUGUGGAGGAUGGAAAGUUGACAGCGAGAUGCAUUAUGGGUGAAGUUGUGGCUGUGAGGACAUAUACGAAGGAAGCUUAAAGAACUUCGGCCCCCAUGGAGGCUGCAUUUGAAGACAGGCAAAAAUGCUGUUAUGUUUUUGUUCUGUAACACCCAAACCAAACUUGUGACAUGCACUGUAUUUUGACAGCU